CGAGCUGACGGGUUACGAGGUCCACUUGUUUCGUUUCUUCCUCUUUCACUCCACGCUCCCGGCGGCGGCGGUGCGAGCCUCCUCCGGGCCUGCCGCCCUCCCGCGCUCCAGCCUCGCUCGCCGGCGCGCCCGGGUUCCCAGGCAGCCGGCGCCCCACGCCCGCUAGCGCCCAGCACCGCGCCUGCCGCUCAGGUCCAACGUAGCGCCCGCCGGAGACCCUCCCCGUUCCCGCGGCGCGGCACCGGGAGCGGGGCGUCGCAGCGGCCCGAGGGGGAGCGAGCGAGGCCGAGGGGUGGUUUGGGUUAGCGGUGGCGCCGCGAAGAUGGUCGCCAAACAGCGGAUCCGUAUGGCUAACGAGAAGCACAGCAAGAAUAUCACCCAGCGCGGCAACGUAGCCAAGACCUCGAGAAAUGCUCCCGAAGAGAAGGCCUCCGUAGGACCCUGGUUAUUGGCUCUCUUCAUUUUUGUUGUUUGUGGUUCUGCAAUUUUCCAGAUUAUUCAAAGUAUCAGGAUGGGCAUGUGAAGAGACUGACCUUAAGAUGUUUCCAUUCUCCUGUGAAUUUUAACUUGAACUCAUUCCCGAUGUUUGAUACCCUGGUUAAAAACAAUUCAGUAAAUCAUCCUGCCUCAGAAUUAUUUUUCAUAUCAUCAUUCAUGUGUCAUUCCAAGGUUUUUUCACAAGUCAUUCCAAAUUUUCUAGUCCAUACCACAGUGCCUUGCAAAAGCACCACAUGAAUAAAGCAAUAAAAUUUUGAUUGUUAAGCUACA